AUGCCCAUGCCCAUGCCUCUCCGCCUCGGCCUCCUCAAUCCCACACACAAUCGUCUCCAUCUCCAUCCUCGACACGAGCCACCACAGGAACCCAAACACCCAGACCCGUCCCAGCGCGCCGUACCACCCGCGCCACCGGCCCAGCCGCCACCGCGCGCCGCCGCCGCCGCCGCACCGCUCCAGGACCGCACGGCCCGCCGCCUCCCCCAGGAUCGCGACGCAGCUGUACAGCGGCAUGGCGAACUGGCUGCGCGCGCCGCACCAACCCUCCUCCGCGCCGGCGCCGCCGCCGCCGCCGCCCGACCACCCCCGGUGCGGGUGCGUCGCCGCGUGCACGGCGGCGUGCAUGGCGCCCGAGAGCAGGAAGACGGCCCCGACCGUCAGCGCGCGGUACGCGGCCGACCGCUUCCCGACGCGCAAGGCCCGCGCCAGCAGCCGCGCCCAGGCCAGCGCCGGCGUCGCGAACACGCGGUGCCAGUACCGGCCCCAGUACGCCGCGACGCUGGUCACGUCGUCGCGCCACCGCGGCGGCCGCCAGGGGACCACCCCCGCCGUGGGGAACAGGCGCGGCCAGGACUCGCGGCCCGAGGCGCGCAGCGCGACGUGCAGCGCCGCGGCGAGGGCGUGCCAGCCCGCGAGGGCGAGGGCGCCGUCCGGGAGCGCCGCGAGCACGAAGACGGUGCGCAGGGCGAGCUCGGCGGGCGUCACCUCGCGCAGGCGCGUGAGGAAGUGGAUGCUGCGGCGCCGGGUGGCGAUGCCGUCCGCAGCGCCCGGCCAGAGGGCCGUCACGGCGUCGUGGCCGAGGAAGGCGAGCUUGCCGAUGGCGAGGCGCAGGGCGUAGAUGGCCGCCGACUCGGCGAGGCGGAGGGCGACGAAGCGGGCGCGAGGCCAGGAGCGGGCCGUGGCGGCGGGCUGUCUGGGAAGGGGCUGCAGCGUAGGAGGGGGCAAGGGGGUGGCCCAUCUGUUCCUCACGCUGCCGUUUGCAUUGUUGUUGUUGUAGUAGUAUUCGUAGCCACCGCUCUGCCACCCCGUGGCCUCCGCGGGCAUGCCCUUCUCGGUGUCGGGCUCGUCUCGGCGCGGCAGGUCCUGAGCGGCCCCGACCCGGCGCAGGUCGGUGCACGCGUUGUACGCCGCCAGCCAGUCCCAGCGGCUGUUGCGCCCGACGAUGUAGCGCUCCUCGACAAAGGUGAUGUACGAGACGUGGAGCAGCAUCUUGAUGAUGGCGAAGCCGAGAAACGUCUCCGCCUCGUCGUAGCCGGAGCCGGAGCCGCACAGGUUGACAAAGUAGUACGCCUGGAGGAUCAGAUACAGCGUGAAGAAGAAAUACCGUGGCACGCCUCUCUCGCCGAGGAACACCCCCUGGAGGGCGAUGGUGAGGACGAACCAGGUCAGGAUGUUGGCUGCCAUCUUGGCUAG